CAUCAUAUUCUAGUUCUAGUAUUCUACUACUCAAUAGUUAGUCUAUGCGGCCUUUAUUAAUUAACACGUUGUUGUCAUCGUUAAUCAGCUUCUUCCUCUUCAGACUCAUCGGAUCGCUUUGACGCCACCUCUAUUGCGUUACAGAGCAUUCCAAUUUUCAAGCUUUCGGCGUGAAUUCUUAGUGGGUUUUGGCUCUCGCACAAGGAUUCACCAACUGAAGUGGUCUGUCUUUUAUUGCAAACUGCUGACUUGAGUGGAUUUGGAAUUAAGACUAUUAAGUUGAAGAAUUAUGGGAAGGGACUUCCAGCAUGAACACUCUGACAUUGAGCUUGAGGAUUAUCAUCCGGGCUGCAUGUGGGGAAUAUUUCAUAUUCUUAACACUCAUCAUCUGCACAAUGUUAAAAGGAGGAUGAUUCCGCACAGGAAGCAUCGCAGAGGAAAGCACGCCUUGUGCUGUAAAAAUCCUGGAACUAUUUCUUUGACGCGUGACGCUGCUGAUGAGCAAGGGUUCAUGGAUCCUGAAGCACUCCCCUUCCUUGUUGAACAAAAAACAGCGAAAUCUAAUCCAAGGAACAAAAGUUCGAGGGAACCUCUUGUAAAAGCAUUCAUUUACAAGCAGAUGUCUGCACCAUCACAAUUAUCUUCAGACAACGAUCUUGAUGAAGUAAGCAAGGAUUGGGAAAAUUCAAUCAUUAUCCUUAGCAAAGGAGACUCUGCUGUUGAACGGAAGCCUCCAUCUCUGCCAAAGACUACUAAAGAAUUGGUUGAAUGCAAAGGAUGUGAUUCUUGUGGUACUUUCAGUGUUGACUGUGAGAAGUGUGAUAAAGAAAUGAAAAACCAAGUCAACCAGAGCUUCGUGGAUGCUUAUCACCUUGCCAGAGAAAAGUCAAGUUACCAAGUUGAGGACACUGAAAAUUUUCUAAAUAUGUUUCAUGUAAACAAGGGGUUGUUCCUGAAGAUCCUAAAGAAUCAAGAUAUUUGUGCUGCAAAUAACUUUUUCAGUCAUCCAGCUUCCGGUAUGAGAAUGAGAUUAACUAAAUCAGGAACAUUUCCUGCGGCUGGUUCAUCACACAAUAGAUUUGCGCGGCCUAGUACACUCAAACACAAGCAGAACGAAGUUUGGCCCUUAUCAUAUGGAGAAAACUUUCUUAUUUCCUCUCGAGGACCACAGUUUGAUGGAUUUGAGUCACUGAAGGCUUUUCAGGAGAAGUCAAUUCCAUUGAAGUCCGAUGAUAUGGAGGGAACUGCAACAAGACAAGAAACAAUACCUUCUAUGGAUUCAUCAGGGGAGUUGAAUAAUCAUUGGUGGCAUCUUUCUUUAAAGAACCAUUUCAAAGAUGUUAAGCGGAAAAUAAAGCAUGUCCUUAGGGAGAGGAAGAAGGAGAGGCGGCACUCUCUUAAGAAUGCACUGCUUCAUAGAGUCCCUUCUAGAGGUAGUUAUAUCAAUGAGGAGAGAGAAAAAGCAGAGAAAUUGGGGGGGACUGUCCUUUGCCAAGAUGAAAUAGGCAACCAACAAAGUGAUGUGACUGGCGGCAGUUCCAUUAAUUACCUCAGAAAUGGAUAUGCCCCCUCCAUCAACAGGGCAUCAUCUCUACACGCUUCAUUGGAUAGAUACACUAAAUUGUUUGAGUACGGUUUCAGCAAAGAGACUAAUUGGAAGCAUUCAAAGAGCUUAAGCUGGACAACUGAAUAUAGGCAUAUAUCAGGUGAUCCUACUCUAAGUUCUCCCAGAAGGAGACUCUCUCUGUCGGAUCUUGACUCACUUCCAUCUUUUGCAAAUGAGGCAUCUCUUGCUGAUCCUCUCUCAAGGAUGCCAACUACGGCUACCCUAGAUUGUGAUUCAAGAGGUGAUAUUGAUAUUCAUGAUGUCUUGGAGUCAGUAAAUGUAGUUACAGAAAAAUUUGAGCCUGUAGGAGGUCAAAGUUGUAUGAUCUUUGAAAAUGAAGGUGGGUUUGUAGCGAGAAGAAAUGACGAUGAACUAGGUGAGGAUAUUGUUGAAUCGAAGACUCCAAUAUCUGCUGGUUCAGAGUUAAAUCCUAAGUGCAAUCCUUUUGAUGAGCCAGAAUCUUUUGUCAAUGCUCAAGACAGUUUCGUCACUGAAUCUUUAUCAAGUGGCACAACAAUCCAUGAGAACGACAUUGCAAAACCUAAACUUGGCAAUCGCUUUCUAGCCCUGGAAUUUGACAAAGUUGCUGAGGCUGAAUUCAAUUAUGUGAAAGAUGUUCUUGAGCUCUCAGGUUUUAUCGAAUACGAGCACUUUGGAAGGUGGAACUUACCAGAACAGCCAUUGGACUUUUCCUUAUUUAAGGAACUGGAGACUUAUUUGCAUCCUGAAUACUCUUCAGAGGAGGUUGGCAGCAAUUGUGAUCACCUGCUUCUGUUUGACUUGAUCAAUGAGGUUCUACUCGAGAUCAACGACACAUCAUAUACCUACUUCUCUAAGCCCUUCUCAUUCGCUAACCGUAAGUGUCCAGUCCCUAGGGGAUACCAUAUUCUUGAGGCAGUCUGGGCAAGAGUUAGCUGGUACGUGAGCUUGAAGUCAAAAGUAGACCAGUCAUUGGAGGAUAUCGUAGGAGGAGAUUUGUCAAAGGAUGAUGGUUGGAUGAACCUUGAACCAGAAGCAAACUGUGUGGCACUUGAUCUGGAAGAUAUGAUUUUUGAUGAUUUAUUAGAGGAGCUUGUUUGUUUCUAGGGUAGCUGGAGAUUGGAGAAGUUCUACUGAGACUAGCUCAGUACUGUACAUAUUAUAAGAUUUUCUCUCACACAAUGUACUGAACGUGAAACUUACAUGGGCACUGUUUAUUAUGCGUUCUUUCUAUAGCGAGCGUUCAGUUUUCUUUGGGCCAGAAAGGUUUGAUUUGAUUCUGGGCUUGAAAGGUGUUAAUUUCAUUAUGGACCUGAAAGGUCUUAAUUUUUAUGGGCCUGAAAGGUCUUAA